CUUCUUCUUCUUUUAAUAAUAUUUUCUUUCCAUUGGAUUGUACAAAUCCUAAGCUGAGAUACCCAUCUCUAAAAUCUUUCGUUUCUUCUUGUUUUUUUCUCUUAUGUUUAUUGGACUGGUAGAAGGACAAAAAAGCUCUUCUGAGUUUUUUUCAUUUUGGGGUCUACUGCUUUGUUCUGCAAACUAAAUUAGCUUUCUGGGUUGUUGCAGAAAAGCCUUUAAUACCCAGUUGAAUAUGUCAUAUAAAGGUUGAAGAAAUCAAUCAUAUUUGUAUAAAAACUUUUCAAUUUUUAGUAAAAAAAUUUUGUCAAUAAAUAAAAAAAAAAUUCCUCUUUUGUUUUUUUUUCACAUUUUUUCUUUUAAUUUAUUUCUCUUCCCUUGAGCAAAAGAGAAGGAUAUGGGCAAGCAAGGUCCUUGCUAUCACUGUGGAGUUACACGCACUCCUCUUUGGCGCAACGGACCUCCUGAGAAGCCAGUGUUGUGUAAUGCAUGUGGAUCGCGGUGGAGGACUAAAGGGACACUUGCAAAAUAUACCCCACUUCAUGCUCGUCCUGAACCUGAGGAGAGUAGGGCCAGAGUGAAGAGCAUAUCUAUAAAUAAGAACAAAGUAAAACUACUGAAAAGAAAACCAAAUCAUGACACAGCCAUUAUUUCCCCUGAUUACAACCUAGGUUUCCGUAAAUUUGUGGACGAAGAUACUAGUAACAGAUCAAGUUCUGGAUCAGCCAUAUCUAAUUCUGAAAGCUGUGCUCAAUUUGGCAGUGUAGAUGCUAGUGACUUAACAGGGCCUGCUCAAUCUAAUGUGUGGGACUCAAUGGUAUCUUCUAAGAAAAGAACAUGUGUAAAUCGUCCAAAGCCAUCACCAGUUGAGAAACUUACAAAAGAUCUGUAUACUAUUUUACAUGAACAACGACAGUCUUCAUAUUUCUCUGGAUCUUUUGAGGAGGACUUGCUUCUCGAGAGUGAAACUCCCAUGGUUUCUAUUGAGAUUGGGCAUGGAAGUAUUCUGAUUAGGCAUCCGAGCUCAAUAGCUCGAGAAGAGGAAUCAGAAGUUAGCUCCCUCUCAUUUGAUAACAAACAAUAUUCAAUGAAUGAGGCUUAUUCACAUUUAUUAAACUUCCCUGCAUAUAAUGAUAGAAAGAGCAUAAAUUUUUUGGGACAUGGAAUUGAAAAGGCAAAGAACCCUGCUGGACAAGGGAUGCUGCAUGAGCAAGUUAAGAGAGACAAGGCUCCAUACGAAAAAACCCUAAUGCUGGAAAGUCAUAAUUCACCACUUUGUAACAUAGAUUUGAGUGAUAUUAUCAACAUUGAGGAGUUUGUCAAGCAUUUGACAAAAGAUGAACAGCAGCAAUUACUGCGGUAUCUACCUCCACUUGACAUUUCCAAACUCCCCGAGAGCCUCAAAUGCAUGUUUGAAAGCCCUCAAUUCAAGGAUAACUUAUGUUACUUUCAGCAACUGCUCGAGGAAGGUUUCUUUGACAUCUCUGUUUCUGGGGUGAAAGCUGAAGAUUGUAAGACUUUAAAGAGAUUUGCAUUAUUCAAUUUGACGAAAUCUCACUGGGUGGAAUUUCGUCAUGGACUCAAGAAAUGUAAAAGUAGCGUUGGAGGGUCGGUUGUUGCUAGAGGACCAAACGCCAUAACAUUGAAUAAUUCGGUCGCUAUGAAGAGAUCACGGAACAGUCAAAUUCCAGAUGAAAGGACAUUAAAGAGUCCAAAGAGAGUGACCGUGAAGGCUACCUACGGAAACAAAGAACACAGAGAAAAUGACGACUCUUGCUUUUGCCCCAGAAGCCUGUUUGCAUUGCCUCCGGAUGGUAGCUCUCUCAUGCUGGACUCUCUCCAUUUUGUUGAUGAAUGUUCAGACCAAGAUUUGCUGUUGGAUGUGCCACACAAUGGCUCAUUCCCACAGGCAGAACUGCUUCAUCCUACUUCAAGUUUAGGGCAACGGGCAAGCACUAGUAGUAACUCGCUGCACCCACAUCUUGUCCAUCCCUACUGAUGGGUUGUUAAUUACUAGAGCUAUAAAGUUAUGUUCCUUCUGCAAGAUCCCGUGAUCGGGGUGGACAUAUUUUGCAUGCCGAAAACCGAAGUCUGUGGAUGAGGUUUGAUGGUUGCUGUUUCUUUGCCCUUGACUUAUCAAACUUGGAAUGCUAAGGGAUGAAUUUUGAGGUGGGUAUUUUUGUAUAGCUUCACAAUAGAUUUGUAAUAGAGAUCUCAAAAAAGGCAGAAGAGGUAGUAAUUUCCAGAGUUUUGUACGCAGAUGUAGUUUUUGCAUAGAAACAUAAUUUUACGUACCUCCCUGCCCGGUUUCCGGCUUAUCCCAGAGUGAGU